GGUCAACGCAGCCUGUCUGCUGAUUGAUGAAACUGUAUGCCGGUUGAAGGGAAUGUAACUGUGGUUACAAGUGAGUAGCUUAAGUUAGCCUUUAACUGUUUAGCAUUGCUACCCUUGGAAAGUGCUAAGAUAGCUUCCCUCAGAAAUUUAAAUUAGUUAUUUCUCAUAAGCCCAAGAGACUUUUAAACGUUGGCGUUGACAACAUAAGGACGCUCUGAGAACAUCGUUUGCUUGCUUGUGAAGGAGGGAUUAUCUCUAGCCUAAACAUUUCAGAAUGGACGAGGAAAUCAACGAUAACACUAUCAACCCAGCAGAAAAUAUUUCUUCUAAUGACGAAAAGGCAUCCUCAGACGACAGUGUGAAAUACUACACCCUCGAAGACAUAAGAUCUCAUAAUACGUCCAAGAACACAUGGCUUAUCAUCCAUGAAAAGGUGUACGACAUCACAAGUUUUCUAGAGGAGCAUCCAGGAGGAGAAGAAGUUUUGCUGGAGCAAGCGGGUGCAGACGCUACGGAGAGCUUUGAGGACGUUGGUCACUCGACAGAUGCCAGGGAGAUGCUUCUGCAAUACUACCUUGGUGAACUUCAUAUGGAUGAUCGUAUGAAGCAGUGCCCAAAGGAAGAAUACAUUUCAUCUUCAGGAGAGUCCAGCUCUUGGACUGCAUGGCUCAUACCUGCCAUGGCUGCUGCUGUUGUCGGCAUCAUGUAUCGUUACUACUUGCUGGAACACAAGUCCUCAUGAGCACUGCCAUUGUUUUCUCAUCAUCUGUUUGGGGGCCUCCACAUGUUUGACCAAAUCCUCCUAACAUUGAACACGCACACCUCAGAGAGGUCAAUCUUACCAGUUGGAGCAAUGGGGACGACCUAUAUACAUCCACAAUCUUUUAAGCUUUUUGUGUCUUGUUUUUGAAUCUGAAAUGUAUGUGUGAGCUUUUUAUUCACCAAGCCUUGGGUCAUGAUUCUUGUGUGGUGUUUGUUUACUUCCAUAGUCAUAUGCAACUAUUGUGGCCAAGAUCUUCUGAAUUCCACUUGUUUGUGCACACUUAUCUCCAUACUCGGUGACAACCUGAAGACAAGUACUGAACAUGAUUGUCAUAGACAAGGUAGUACAAUAUGCGAGGACCUUGGCAAGUCAUCUAUAUUAAUUGAAUAUGAAGUAUUCUGCUCUGCAUUUUGUCAGAAAUGUUGAAUCUUCUGCUCUCCAGUUCUGCCUUCAGUGAGAAUUACGUUUGUCGAUAACCCAUAUCGUUAUUCCUUCCGUUAUUUUAAUUGUUAGAUUCUUAGCCAUAUACUCUACAAAGGCACUUAGACAAUGCACUGCCUUUUCAUGUGUUGACAAGAAAGUAUUGUCAUUUAUUAUUUUAAAAGAAACGUACUCUUCCUCCCCUCUUUCUGUAGUUACUUUUAACAUGUGUAAGUUUAAAGUAUGUUGUAUGGAUGUAAUUUAAAACUGGAUGAGUAAUGUUUUAUUUUACACAGAUUAAAGCAUGUUGGUCUCCUAUGCACAUCAUUUUCCAAUGAAAAAAGAUAUCUUAACUAGCUGAAGUAAACACCUGAAUAAAUUGUUAUGCCAGAAUCUGAAAGCUUUUAAUCAUUAUUAACAAAUUCAAUCUUUAUUAACAAAUGUAUUACUUUAAAGUUCUUGCUAAGAUUACGCUUGUUUCACAUAGCAUUGUUCCAUUAUAAUGAAAAAGCAAGUUUGAUUAUUUGUGCAGGUUGUUACUUUGUGUUGUACUUUGUGUUGGUAACAAGGUAUUCAGUUUAACAGUGACAAACACUGGCAUGUAUGACAGAUGUUGAUGAAUGAUUUACUUGUGGGAUUUGUUGUCGAACUGUGUGAAUUUACCAUAGUAUUUGACACUAUCAGACGAUAUUUCAGUCGUUCAAAUUUCCUGCCAAGAAAUUCUUAACAUGUUUCAACUUGGGGCAUCUAUCACGGUUCACUGAUUACAACAAAUGGUGUUAAUUAAGAUGACAAAUAUGACUGAUUAGAGUCCAAUUAUAUUGAAAUAACUUCGUUGUACAACUGAAAAGCAAUUUUGUAACCAGAUAACCGUCUGUUUAAGGCUAAAACAUUUUCACCAAACAUGCUGCUAUUUUAAUAUAUAGGCUCUGUGUUGUGCUUUUUAUUGUAUGCAAACAAUAUUUUCUAUAUUCAUGAUUUAUUUGCACUGUCAUACAUAAUACAUUGUGGAUAACUAUUAAAAUAUAAACGUUUCCAGGAA